UUGGUCUCUCCGCGUCUCAUACUUGCAUUCUGUACUCUCACCGAACCAUUUCUGAACUCUCUUCAAGAUGUGGAACUCUCAGAAGGUGGGAGUUCUUGGCGGAGGCCAAUUGGGCCGUAUGCUAGUCGAGUCCGCCAACCGACUGAACAUCCAAGUCAACGUGCUGGAUGCGGAGAACUCCCCGGCCAAGCAGAUCAGCAACCAUGAUGGCCAUGUUACCGGUUCUUUCAAGGAGCGUGAGGCUGUCCGCGAGUUAGCUAAAACUUGCGACGUUAUCACAGCGGAGAUCGAACAUGUGGAUACCCAUGCCCUGGAGGAGAUCGCCUCGCAGGUUAAGAUCGAGCCGAGUUGGCAAGCAAUUCGGACGAUCCAGAAUAAGUAUAACCAGAAGGAGCAUCUGCGGAAAUACGGUAUCCCGAUGGCGGAUCAUCAGGAGCUGCCCGAGAACACGCCUGAAGCAUUGGCCAAGGUUGGAGAACAACUUGGAUACCCCUUGAUGUUGAAGUCGAAGACUAUGGCGUACGACGGACGCGGAAACUAUCGUGUCAAUUCCAAAGAGGACAUCCCCGAGGCCCUCGAAGCGCUCAAGGACCGACCAUUGUAUGCGGAGAAGUGGGCCUAUUUCAAGAUGGAAUUGGCCGUCAUGGUCGUAAAAACCAAGGAUAAUGUCCUGUCAUACCCCACCGUUGAGACCGUCCAAGAAGACUCAGUAUGCAAGCUCGUAUACGCUCCGGCCCGCAAUGUAUCCGACGCUAUCAACCAGAAAGCCCAGGAGUUAGCCCGCAAGGCCGUCGCAGCUUUCGAUGGAAAGGGUGUCUUCGGCGUCGAGAUGUUCCUCCUCGAAGAUGACAGCCUCAUCCUGUGCGAAAUCGCCAGCCGUAUCCACAACUCCGGCCACUACACCAUCGAAGGAUGCCCCCUGUCCCAAUUUGAUACCCAUCUCCGCGCCAUCCUCGACCUCCCCAUCCCCCCCCAAAGCCUCGAGCUCCGCCAACCCUCCAUCAUGCUGAACAUCAUCGGCGGUGCCGCCCCAGACACCCACCUAAAAGCAGCCGAGCACGCUCUCUCAAUCCCCAACGCCAGCAUCCACCUCUACAGCAAGGGCGCCGCCAAACCCGGCCGCAAGAUGGGCCACAUCACCGUGACUGCGCCAACUAUGCACGAAGCCGAGACGCACAUCCAACCCCUGAUCGACGUAGUCGACAAGAUCCGCGCCCAGCGCAGUGACGUCAAGACCAAGGCCCAGACGUCGGGCCCCUCCAAGCCUGCCCCCACCGUAGCGGUCGUCAUGGGCUCAGACAGCGACCUCAAAACCCUAGUCCCGGGACUCAAGCUCCUUAAAGACUCCUUCGGCAUCGAGCCUGCAGUCGAAAUCACCUCCGCCCACCGCACCCCGGAGUUCAUGGCCGAGUACUCCGCCAGCGCCGCCGCCCGCGGUAUCAAGGUCAUCAUCGCCGCUGCCGGCGGUGCCGCCCAUCUCCCCGGCAUGGCUGCCGCGCAUACCGCCCUCCCCGUUAUCGGCGUGCCGGUCAAGGGUAGCUCCUUAGACGGCGUAGACAGUCUAUACAGUAUCGUCCAGAUGCCUAGAGGUGUCCCCGUCGCAACCGUCGGAAUCAACAACAGCGUCAACGCCGCUCUCCUGGCCGCUCGGAUCCUGGGUGCCUUUGACCCCGCCGUCCAGCGUAAGGUGGAGGCCUACGCUGAGAAGGCUAAGACUGAGAACCUCGAUUUCAAGGGUACUAAGUUGCGCGAACUUGGGUGGGAAAAGUACUUUGAGCAAAUGUGAAAAGGAUUGGGCAAAAUCGGUUUAAUAGAGGUUAUAUAGAUGUGCAACGUGCUGAUGAAAUUUGAGUGGUUAUGUUAUGUCUUUAGUGGGUUUAUUUCUUUAUUCCCUGAUAGGGGUUACUAUCUGAUGACUUUUGGUAUAGUCUUUGUGUGUAUGUGUGUGUGCUUUGAUUUUGAACUUACCAACAUAUGCUGGUUAACCUCGCGUACCUGCAGGUUAUAUUGUAGGGAGUAUACUGAUAUUAAGAGUGGAUUAGACAUUGGAUUAACUAAAUACCUUCUGAUG